AUGGACCCGCGCGCGGACGCCAUGGCAUCCAUCGAGCCUUCGUCCAUCUCUGGUAACAAUCAGCGAGCAAAGGCGUUGUUGCAGCUGAAAGCCGGUUGUGGUGGUGGGCUGCCGAAUGCGUCCGAUGUCGACAGCACUACCAUAGGCUCGCUACCUGCCUGCAAAAGGUUGAUCCCCUCAAGCCAUGCAUCAGUACAAGACGGCAAUCUCGAGUUUCUGCACAUGUCGCAAGAUUCAUGGUCAACUAUGCCGAGGCCAAGCCUCGAGACAAGGAGCCUGGGCGUGAACGGAACGAUGAAGCCGGUUGACCGUUUGAUCCCACACAAAACGCCGCUGCCCAGUCUCGAGAGCAUUGUUUACGA